UUUCAGAGCACAGGUAGAAGCCAACUUGCAUUCUGUUGUGUUGUUCUAACCUUUCUCGUUCUCUUACUUCCACGCAAUGCAAUAUUAUUCAAAUUGAUCCAAAAAUUGCCACAUUCUCCUUCUAAUUCUCAAUUUUCCAUUCCUUUCCGUUAAAACAAACAACUAUGCAUCAUCAUCAUCAUCAUCAUCAUCAUCAUCCUCUGUCAACAACGACCUAGGGUUUCUCUCCGCUAUUCGUUUUUUUUUUCUUUUGCCGGGAUUUUGGGGGCAGACUUAAUCUCCGGCAGCCAUGGCCACCAACUUGCAGAUGACCCCUCAGCUCGAGCAGAUCCACGGUGAAAUUCGCGACAACUUUCGAGCCCUCGCAAAUGGCUUCCAGAAGCUGGAUAAGAUUAAAGAUUCCAAUAGACAAAGUAAUCAGCUGGAAGAACUCACAGGAAAGAUGAGGGAGUGCAAGCGGUUGAUAAAAGAGUUUGAUCGUGAGAUUAAAGAUGAAGAGGGAAGAAAUCCCCCAGAAGUGAACAAGCAACUAAAUGAUGAAAAGCAAUCAAUGAUCAAGGAGCUAAACUCAUAUGUGGCAUUGAGAAAAACGUACAUGAAUACCCUUGGUAAUAAAAAAGUUGAACUUUUUGACAUGGGAGCAAGUGCACCUACAGCUGAAGAAAAUGUUCAAUUGGCAUCAGAAAUGUCAAAUCAAGAACUUAUCAAUGCUGGGAUGAAGACAAUGGAUGAAACUGAUCAGGCUAUUGAGAGAUCUAAGCAGGUUGUAUAUCAAACAGUUGAAGUGGGCACCCAAACUGCUGCUACGUUGAAGGGCCAAACUGAACAAAUGGGCCGUGUUGUUAACGAGCUUGAUUCAAUUCAGUUCUCAAUUAAGAAGGCCUCCCAACUUGUUAAGGAGAUUGGUAGACAGGUAGCUACGGACAAGUGCAUCAUGCUUUUUCUGUUCCUUAUCGUCUGUGGUGUAAUUGCCAUUAUUGUCGUGAAGAUUGUGAAUCCCCACAACAAAGAUAUCAGGGAUAUCCCAGGAUUGGCUCCUCCAGCACCCACCAGGAGGCUUUUGUAUGUAAGGACUGGAGAACAUUUUGAUUAAUUCUUAUUUGAACAAGAGUUUUCUCCAUCCUAGUCCUACCAACUUUUUCGAAGUAGAGGAUUGCUGUCUGGAGGCAUCAUUUUGGUCUCUUCAAUUAUUUAAAUUUAAAAAAUCUUGCUUAUCCUGUUUGUGAUUCUAUGUAAAUCACACGAGAGCCUUUCUGCUUUGCUUUGAGUGCCAUGUUUCUUUAUGUAACAUUCCAAUGGUGUAUAUGUCUAAUUCAAAGGAGAUUUAUGGUUUCCCCUCCCCCCCUUAUAUUUUGAUGUGUAAUCUACGCAUAUAUUCGAAACUGACUGCUGGAUCGGUUUUGUAAAUUACAUUUAUUCAGUUGUGCUUGCAGCUGUUCAUAUUAAUUUUCUUUACC